CAUGGCAGCAUCACAUCUCUCGUUAUCAGUUUACAUUUCUUUUUUUGUUGAUCUGUCUUUGGUUACUUUUUCCUUUCUCUACUUCAUACAAUGGGGCAAGACACGGUGCAACGGCUGGGGGUUCGGGGUGCUUGCUUUUGUAUCAUUUGUUGUGAUUAUUACUCUAGAGCCCGGUCAGUUUGGUGGCGGCGGCAGAUGUCUUUUUGUUUUUUGGUGUUGACUGACUCGGACUCGUUUAGACAAGGCGUAUGAUGGGAUCGAAACGCACUACAAUCUUUGUAUAUAGCUAUGUAUGUACUAAACAUUUGGCAGAUUAUCUCGGCAUGCGCAUAGAUGGGAUGAUGGAUGGAGCCACCAAAUUGACUGCCGCGGAUGCAAUUUUUUUUUUAG